GGAAAUACGUGGUACAGAAAAAAAGACGCAAAAUUUGAAACUGCGCUCCUCGCUAUUUUCAAGGCUUAUUCAUGAUUUUGAGUGUGGAUUUUGGAUGAUUUUUAAAUGGUAAGCGGAGCUCGAGCAUAUGGCGCUAGUGGGCCGUUGAGUUGUUAUCACUCGGCAGUAAUUCCGGGGGCGACAUUCAGAUUUCCGCGCAGCUCAGCGAUCGCGAGGCGCGCCAUUAAUCGCGCUACCUAAAAUGGAUUAAGGCGCGCAUGUAGCGCGCGAUCGCUCUCGCGCGCCUUAAAAUCGAGUCCCUGUAUCUUGUUCAUACAGGUGACGGUAAGGACACUGGAAUCAUACUCAUUGACGAUAGGACAAAAGCAGUAAUGACUGACCAACCAAGACAUGCACAAGAAGCUUUCAGGGAACAGAUUGCCAGAGUUCAUGAGGUCGUUCCAAGUCGGAGUAGAGAUGAUGUUGCACUUGUUCUUCAAUACCAUGAGGGAAAUGUGGAUAAAGCAAUCCAGUCAUUCAUGGAAGAUGGCGCCAGAACUGUUUUGAACGAGUGGCAGUCACAUGGCAAGAAAAGCAAGUCUGCAAAUAAGAGGAACAAGAAAAAGAAACGAGGACCAGACACACAACAUGAGAAAACGAACGGUGGUGAUGCUGGUGCAUCUAACAACCAAGGAAGUGCCAGCUCUUCAAAUCAGCCAUCCACCGCCCACUCUGCCCCACCCACCAGGCCGUAUAUCAAGCAGCGACCUCCCUCGUCCCAGCAGCCGCAGCAGCCUAGACAGUAUCAACAAUCCAACAGACGAGACAGAGACAGGGAUGGAGACCACAAUCGAGGUCGCCCCCACCCCAGGGGGCACCCCACAGAUUGGAGGGGCGGGGACGGUACCAGGCCGGGCAGACAGCAACCUACCAAUGCAGCUUCUAACCAUUCAUCAGCAGAAUCAGGUAAACAACGCCCUGAAAAGGGUCACCACUCUCACCAACCCUCGCCAUUAGAAGACAUGGCUGAGAGGUUAUUACCGGCUGAGAGCAGUGACAAGACCCAUCAUAUAGACAGUGAACUACAUUACCAAGAUGCUGCCAAAGCAAAGAAAUUAGUAGCAGUACUAGAACGUGCAACUAAGGACCUUCACAGAACGUCAAUAGCACUAACGAGACACAAAACCAUGCUGCAAGACAAACUGGACCAAUCAGAGAAGAGUAUACCAAAGUCAUUUGACGAGAUCCAGAGGUUUUUGAACGAGAGGAAACUAGCGCUAACCAAUGAAUUCUUAGAAGUCAAGCAAGAAGCGAGUGAGAUGUUGGAGGCUCGCGAGGAACAGGCCAAAGAGCUAGAAAGGAAGACCCACAGAGCAGCUACCAUGACAGAGGACCAAGUCCAUGAACUAAGAGCAGAGAUCAAGCAAUUUGUAUCUGAUCGAAAGGUUGAUGAAGAGAUAGGCAAGGCUCUGAGGUACACAUGGAAUCCAGACCAAAUUGUUGAGCUGAUCAAGAGCUUCGGUGAGGUCAUCCCCGUCCAGCAUCAUUACACCACCCGUCGUCCAUCCAUCUCAUCUCUGUCCAGUAUCAACACCAUGUCUAGGACCACUUCGGUCAGUGAGGACCAUGGUCCACUCUCUGCUCGUAGUAUCAGCCUGACAGAGAGUCAGGACUCCACCACCAUGGGCAAACCUCUGUCACCGAAGCCAGCCAACGAUAUGGACAUGAAGGCAGAGGUGGCCGAGAUGGCAGCCAAGCUACAGAGGUCCAUGACACAGGGUCGUAAAGGAGCCAGGAACCAAACAGGACCAAACGCAGACAAUCAGAAUAAAGGAGAAAGGUCCCAACAAACCAACAGAGGUCAAGGGAAAGCACAAGAUCAACAGUCACAGCCAAACCAGGGUCAAGGGGGACCAAACCCCAACAAGCAAGGUCGAAACCAGAACCGGCAAGAUAGACCUCAAAGUCAACAUGGUUCAAGACAAGGUCAGCAGGGCCAGCACCCUCAAGAUCAGAGGCCUCAAGGUCCCAGACCACAGGGUCAAAGGCCACAAGGUCAAGGUCAGAGGCAGGGUCAGCAUCAGCAGCAGAGGAACGAGUAUGAGGAGCACGAUGGACAGAGGAGGGAGAAUCGAAAUGCCAAGAGGCGACAGAACCGAAAGCAAAAGGAGCGUAACCAUCAGGAAGCAGAGGAAGUCUCAGAUCCACCCGCCCCCAAUGCCACCUCUAGCUCUGGCCUGGAGAGUAAGCCAGAAGAGAAGCAUUUAAUAGAUGAAAGGACAGAUGCUAGUGAUAAUGUGCCUGUGUCAACUCAUACAGAUGAUCCCCAACCUGCCAAAGCUCCCGAAGAUGCCGAUGCAUCGAGGGAACUUGGACAAGAAAAUGAAGAGAAUAAGCAGGGUCCUAUCGAUGAUGUUAAUGUGGAGAGAGAAGUAGAGGAGCCUCACCAUUCUAAUGAGAAAGACAGUGUGAAAGUCAAUGGAGAGAUGAAGGAAGAACCAAAGAUGACAAAUGGACCAUUGAAGAAUGGUGAUGUCAACAUGAAUGGCAACAUCAAGAUCAAUGGGGAUCUACCUCAUGUAAACGGGGACAUCAUCCCCGAAGGUGACGUCAAUGGAGACGUAGAUGAUCCUCUUCCACAAAGAGAGAUCAAGUCUCGCCGAUCACAGAAAAUUGAGGAUGUAGUCAAAGAAACGAGUGCUCUGAAUGGCGUCGCUGAUUUUGAGCAAACAGAGCGAGAAAAUUGAGUAGCGUUGAAAGUGGAUAGAUUGGAGGUAACAUAAGCAGUUGAUCAAGUCUAGGGGAGUAAAUUCCUAAUCACUUUAGGAUUACUCCAAAGUAGAUGAUAAAUUAAUUGUAUUGCAUGUUUAUUAGCAAUCCAGCUAUGUACUUUAAAUGCUGAUUCGAUUAUGAAAACAAAGGAUUUGAAACAUGCUAGUUGCAUUGAUAUUCAGAGAUUGUCCUCUUGACACACCUCUCAGUGCCAAAAGUUAAUUAAAAGAUUAUUGGUGAUAGCUUUUAAUCUCGUGAAAAUACACUGCUUUUUGGGAUCAAAGAAAAGAAUGAAAAAAAUAGUACCGUAUCACUGCUUUGUUGGAAGGCACCUUUUUCACUGGUGUCAUUGCUUAAUCCGUUCCAGUAAAUACAAACUUAAUUUUACUUCAUUUUUUUACUUUGAAUGUAUUCCAGCCAAUGUUUACUAGGGCCCUCGUAACAUAAAGUUUAGUGAUUGGCCAUAGGGCUGAUUUCUAUGAUUGAUUGCAUUGAUUAUUGUGUAUGAUCAAUCGCAAAAAUCAGCUCCACAAUCAAUCACUAAGCUUCAUGAUACAGGGCUCCAGACACUUCAACUUACAAGUCUUUCAAGUUUUUAAACGAUUCCUUACUUGUACAGUCCAAGUGUGUUGACCUCAAUAUAAUCAAGAUAUUUGGGACGUGGUUCCCUCGCUGCGCAUCUGUAGAAACCCUUCCAACCAUCAACUUACACACAUGCCUUUUCUCGUUUAUAGACAUUUUUUAGAAAUCUGCUAUCAAUGUAUUUUCUAUUAAAAAUCAACACCCUGCAUGUAUCUAUGAGUGCAUUAUUAUGAAAAUUGAAGUAAAUGUAGCAUGCUGCAAUCACUAUCAUAGUACAAUAUUUUUUCCUCUUUUUUUUCUAUGCAUUUUCAUCUCUUGUUCAUGUUAUGAAAUGCUUUGAAAUUGUUAAAACUCUUUGUUUUUCUCAGAAUUUCUGUUACUCUUAUAUGAGUAAUAUGUAAUCUCAGAUGGUUUAUUUUUGCAUCCCUCUUUUUCAUGAUGGUGUAAGAAUUUAUAUUUUAGUUUAGUCGUUGUUUUUAAUGAUUAGUUAGAUAUUAGAGAGAUUAAUUAUUUAAUGGGACAAUUGUGGCUGAUUUCUUGUUAAUGUUCAUUGAAAGUCCAUGUGUAUUUUUUUUUAUAUGUGAAGAUAUAACUGAGCCAAUUUCAGGGGAGUCAAAGCAAGAUAUAUAAUAUACAUAAAUAUGUUUGCUUUCUCAAAUCUGAUUGUGUUCGUGAUGGCUUAGAAACUAAUUAAGGUUUUCAUCAAUAAAGGCUUUUCAAUCAAAGUAAGAGAGAUGAUGUAGUUGCCAUUCAUUGUUUCUUGUAAACUAGUAAUAUGCGCAUACCACAUCCUCCAAGUUUGUUGCCAAAAAGGUUUAUUUUAUUAUGUGAAUACCAUUAAACUAAAGUAUGUGAAAUGAUUAGUUACAGGUUCAUAAUAUAUUUUUAUUUUUCAAAAGGUAUACAUUUAUUCACUCAUUUACAUCGAGUUUCAUAUUAUUUUCUAAACAAUGAUAUUGAAAAAGAAAUCUGCUCAGGUAUACACAAUGUAUUAGUGUAGAAAACAGUAUACAAUACCAACAAUACUUGUUUCUAUUUUGUAAUAUAAAUAUUGAGGAUAUCAUCCAAUGCUGUACAGAGAGAAAAUGAUAUAUAUAUAUGAUACAUGUAGUUAGAAUGAUUGAUAGGCGAAUAGGGAUUUAUGACAGGUGUAGUAUGACUUGGCACGAUAAAGUUUUAAUGUUUCAUUGUUUUGACACAACUGUGACUAUUCUGGAAGGACCUAUUUUUGUAAGGAAAUUCAUUAAAAAAUAUAUAGCUUGGUGGAAUUCACUGAAUUUAUCACUCCUUGAUUAUUGUUUUCUUUUCAUGUAAACUGCUGACAGAGUUGGAAAGGUCACUCUUAUGGAGGCGUGAUAGCCCAGUAUGGAGAGUGGUGGAUUUGGAUUCCGGUGACCCGGGUUCAAUUCCCACUUGGUACUCUAGUGCCCUUUGGUAAGGCAUUUAUCCUCAUAACCAGGUCUCUCAGAAAGGACCUUAAGCCUUUGGUCCUCUGGUUUCUUGCUUACAAGCAAUAAUGCUUUCUGAGCAAUCAGGUAAAACAAGAAAUCACCACCACCACUGAAUGAUAAGAUAAUAAGAAUAAUAAGAUGCUAUAUCCAAUAGUAAAGAUUGGAUUGGAAUUUAUAUCUGCCGCAUGAAUGAUAUAAUUGUCUUUUUUGUUUCCUCUGAGUUUGCACUUUUAGUUUUAGUUUUGACAUGUGUUAACCAACGACAUGAAUCUAUUCACACACAGUGGUCAAUGCACGUCAGCACACAAAUAUUCUGACCAGCACUCAAUGUGAUAUGAGGCCCACUUGGCUUCUACUUGUUUUUUUUUUGUGUGACAAUGAGAACAUUGUGGUUUUGAUACACACACUUGAUAUUGGUCCAGGCCAGCAAAUUCAUUGAGAAUCAGUUUAUCAUCUUAUUGGUUGUCAAAUUACUAAAUUUCAAAAACAAGAAAUUAAUGUGUCAACACUGUUUCUGUGUAUUUGAAGUGUGACAAAUGUCCACUUUUACUACAGCAGACUCGUUGCAUUGUCAAAUUACAACAUAUUUCUAUGCUGUAUGAUUUAAUAUAACUCCGACCUGACCAAUGCCAGGGUUACCCCAGGGCCAGGUUUCAUAAAUCUUGUUAAUAGUAGAAAAUGCUAGAAACCAAUGGAAACUUUGUUUUUUAUCAAAAGUUGAUCCGUCAAAUUACUGUAGAUGAUUUAAGUAGCCUGAAACAGUACCUUAUAGCUUGCUAUGAAUGGUAAGCUUGGUGAAAGAGGGCCCUGAACAAUCAAGACAAUGAACAUGUUCCUCCAGCAUCAUAUUUCUGUAUAGCAAAUGUUUUACAUUCAAAAUUUGUAAUUCCUUUCGUUGGAGUUUCUUAGAGCAAGUGAUGUAUAUCAUUGCAGUGUAUUUUGCCCUUUUUGUUUUAAGAUUGUUUAAUUUUAGGAUUGCACAAGGUGUGUCCAUUGAAUUUUUAUGCAUAUAAGCAUUCCCAAUCCAUUGUUUUGUCUAUGUAGAAAUUGGAGGAUUAGAUUGGAAAGAAGCCGGGUAUGAAUCAUGCCAUAAGCUGCUACAAAAAGAGAUUCAGACUUUUGUAGGGGUACCUUAACCAUUGUGAAAUUCAAUGGGAGUGAAAGUAUGGAUUCCUAUUGUUGGAUAGUCAUUGGAAUAUAACGUGAAUAGAACUGCCACAAUUAACUAUGAUGUGAAAUGUAUGACCGCAUUCAAUUUUUUUUUUAGAUUACAUAUAUGUCAUACAUUUUUUUCCCUCUCAUUUGUUCUACAUAUUUUUUCUUGCUGACUUUGUUGUUCUAAAGAAAUGGUAAGUCUCGAUGAUGCCUUAACAUAAAGACUUGCAUGCAAGCAAUUAUAAGUUUGAAACAACAUUCUGAUUGGUUGUUAGUGAGAGUUUUGAACAAUGUCUUAUUGCAACAGUAGUUGUGAUUGGCCAUUUUAUUGCCAUUUUACAAUUAACUACAAACAUAUGUUAUAGUAGCCUGAAUAGGGCAAGCAAAGUCUCUGUUGCAGUUUCACAUAAAGGUACAUGAGGAGUAGGGACAGUUGGUAGCUCACCGUAUGGAUUUAUAAACUAAAUAUUAACUAGAUUGUUUAUUAUCACUGUGUUGGAUGACGGAUAUUUUCAUUUUGGUAUCAUUUCAAGUACAGGAGCAAUAUUCAGUCCAUACAUUCCAUUUUAUAUCUUGUACCGAUGCCUUUUUAAGUCUCAAUAUUAUUCACGAUGUUCCUUGUUUUGUAGAUACAUCCUAGUUAUAGUUUAUAACGUUACCAAAAAAAAAAAAAUCAUUUUUCCAAGUGAAUUAUUCAUUCUCUUUCUAUUUUGUACUUAACUCCCAUUCAUAUUUAGUCUUGUAUUAUAUCAAUAUUAUCUUGAAAUUCAUAGUUGUUUGCAAAGAUUGUUCCUAUCUUUCUCCAUAGGAAGUCUUGCCAACAUAUUUACCCUCAUGAAAAAAAAUAUUGUUGAUUUUCUGUCCAUGUAAAAAGCAUUGAUGUACUUUCAAUUUUUCAAUAUUGUCAGUUAAAAUCAUUGUUAUGCCAGACCUUUCAACCAUUCUGAAUUUGAAAGAAAGAAUAUUAUUUUUUACCAUCCACAGCUCUGUUUUAGAUAAGAUUUCCUAUUUUUUAUAGUGUUCAUGUGCACUCCUGUGGGAAAUUGCAAUACCUUUCCUAUUUCUGGAGCAAAAUCAUCUUUAUUUCUCAUUCAGAAAGGUUGGGAGGACUGGUUAUACAGAGCCACAGCAGGGACCGCUUAUUUGAAUUCCUCUUUAUGACAACACAGUCAAUAUGUUCUUGAUAUAAUCAAGGAUUUUUAAUGUUGCUUUCAGUGUGAGAAGUUUCAAUGUAUCGUAAUGAGAAAACCUACUUCAACAAAGUGCCUUGAAAGACUUAAAACGUGAGAUAAUUCACAUCUUGAAUUUUUGUACAAGUUUUGAACACCUUUGGAUGUGGCCUUUAUUUUCAUACAAUCCAUUUUCUAAAAGUAUCCAAUAACAAAUAGACUUCUGAAUUAUGUACAUUAGCUCCCAGAAGCUUUGUACUUGUUUCCAGACGAUGAUGGGUUAAGUGUCAGGCACAAAUCGUAUGAAUUUCCCUUUCAAGGAAUUUCCAGUUUUUAAUUUAUGUUAAUUAAUGUACUUACUAUAUAAUCUGUUAUAUAUUUCUAAGUAAUCGGAAUAAAGAGUACUCAAGUGUUAAAUAUAUAAAUCUUUUUUGUUUAUUUGAAGUAUAUAAAUGUAUAGUACUUAUGUUAAAGAAAGCCAUACUAUGUGUUAUAUCAUUUAUCUCAGAUUGUAAGAUAGAUCUUUGUAUUAUAUUUAAAUUGUAAAUUUCAAUUAUAUAUUUACUUUAUCAUUUAAGUUGAUGACAAAUUGUGUUUGUCUGAUGUGAGCACAGAUGUUCAGCCACUGCCUAUUUAUAUGAAAAAAAAAUAA